UCUCUCUCUCUCUCUCUCUCUCUCUCUCUCUCUUUCUCUCUCUCUCUCUCGCUCUGCCUCUCCAGUAUUUUCUCGGUUGCCGUGAAGAAGGGCAGAACACACACACAGGCGGCAGGAUGUCGAUCGUCAGCAUCGUUGCCAGGGAGAUCUUGGACUCCCGGGGAAACCCCACUGUGGAAGUGGACCUUCGCACAGAGAAAGGUCUGUUCAGGGCUGCGGUGCCCAGCGGAGCAUCCACGGGAAUCUACGAGGCUCUGGAGCUCCGAGAUGGAGACAAGAGCCGCUACAAGGGCAAAGGUGUCUUGAAGGCAGUCGGGCACAUCAACGAUACUCUGGGUCCCGCCCUUAUAGCCUCUGGCAUCAGCGUGGUGGAGCAGGAGCAGUUGGACAACACGAUGAUCGAAAUGGACGGCACAGAAAACAAAUCUCAGUUUGGGGCCAACGCCAUCCUGGGAGUGUCUCUAGCCAUCUGUAAGGCCGGUGCGGCGGAGAAAGACGUCCCCCUGUACCGCCACAUAGCCGACCUGGCAGGAAACACAGAGUUGGUGCUGCCAGUUCCUGCCUUUAAUGUGAUAAAUGGAGGUUCCCAUGCAGGUAACAAACUGGCCAUGCAGGAGUUCAUGGUUCUUCCUGUUGGAGCCGAGUCUUUCAAGGAGGCGUUGAGGAUAGGAUCGGAGCUGUACCACACGCUGAAGGGGGUGAUCCAGGAGAAAUACGGCCAGGAUGCCACCAAUGUGGGGGACGAGGGAGGAUUUGCUCCCAACAUCCUGGAGAACAGUGAGGCUCUGGAUCUGCUGCAGACAGCCAUAGAGAAGGCCGGCUUCACGGACAAGGUGGUGGUCGGGAUGGACGUGGCCGCCUCCGAGUUUUACCGCGAGGGGAAAUACGACCUGGACUUCAAAUCCCCACCCGAUUCAGAGAGACACAUCUCCGGAGAGGAGCUGGCUGACAUCUACCAGAGCUUCGUCAACAACUACCCAGUGGUGUCCAUCGAAGACCCGUUUGACCAGGACGACUGGGAAGCCUGGUCCCGUCUUACGGCCCAGGUGGGGAUCCAGGUGGUGGGGGACGACCUGACGGUGACCAACCCUAAGAGGAUAGAGAAAGCUGCGGAGGAGCGAGCCUGCAACUGCCUGCUGCUCAAAGUCAACCAGAUUGGCUCCGUCACUGAGGCCAUACAGGCGUGUAAACUGGCUCAGGCGAAUGGUUGGGGCGUGAUGGUCAGCCAUCGCUCAGGAGAGACAGAGGACACCUUCAUUGCUGACCUGGUGGUGGGACUCUGCACUGGACAGAUUAAGACUGGCGCUCCCUGCAGAUCUGAGAGGCUGGCCAAGUACAACCAGCUCAUGAGGAUUGAGGAGGAGUUGGGUGACCAGGCGCGCUUUGCAGGCCAUAACUUCAGGAACCCCAGUGCCCUGUGAACCUGACACACACACACACACACACACACACACACACACACACACACACACACACACACACUGACAGACACGACAAACAUGAAACAAGCCAUGCAAAAUGAAAGAUUCAUGAAAAAACACACGAGCAAAAGAGCCAAGCAAAA